AUGAACCGAUUACGGAUACUCAACCGCUUAGCUCUCUCUAGCUCUCGACCGCUCUCAAGGAGCUAUUCUCAAGCUGCCCCAACUCCACCGCGAAACUGGACUCCAACUCCAUUUGUGACAGAGACAGUAGAACGUAUUGUAUGCCUCAAUGGCGAGGUGGACGAAACACUAUCAGCCGCAAUAGUUGCGCAACUAUUGUUCCUCGAAGCUGAUAACCCAGAGAAACCCAUCCAGCUUUAUAUCAAUUCUCCAGGCGGAUCAGUGACAGCAGGCCUAGCAAUUUACGAUACCAUGACAUAUAUCCAAUCCCCAGUUAGUACAAUAUGCGUCGGCCAAGCGGCAUCUAUGGGCUCCCUUCUACUAUGCGGCGGUGAAGCUGGGAAAAGAUACUGUCUUCCGCACUCCUCGGUUAUGAUCCAUCAGCCUUCGGGAGGGUACUUUGGCCAGGCGACGGAUAUCGCAAUCCACGCAAAAGAGAUCCUUCGAGUACGACACCAAUUAAAUCAGAUAUACAAACGCCAUUUGACAGGGAAGGAAAUGACUCUUGAAGAGAUAGAGAAGUUAAUGGAGAGAGACUAUUUUAUGGGCGCAAAGGAAGCUCUGGAGAUGGGCAUCGUGGAUUCCAUACUCGAUAGACGAAUGCCUUCAAAGGAAGAGUCAACGUCAUCAUGA